CCACACUUUCCAUCAUGUUUUCCCCUUUCUUCUCUCUCCCUCUGUAACAACAACUGUGUGAAAACGAAAGGGUUUUACAAUCAAUAAUCAAACUUCAACAUGAAGGAGAUGAUGAAGCACAAGAUGAUGAACAGGUUUCACCGCCGCAAUUCUUCCUCAUCUUCCUCUCUUGAUUUUAAAUCAGGCGAAAAACUCGAUUUCAAGUUCUCCAGUCUUCAAGCUCUUCAGGUACCCGCAGGAUGGGAUAAGCUCACAUUGUCUCUCAUAUCCGUAGAAACAGAUAAAACCGUUACCAAAACAGGUAAAGCAUCUGUGUAUAACGGAAACUGUCGAUGGACAGAAAGCUUAUCAGAAUCCAUCUGGAUCUCUCAAGAUGACUCAUCAAAAGAGCUUCAACAAUGCCUGUAUAAACUUCUAAUUUCAAAGGGAUCAACUAGAUCGGGCAUCCUUGGAGAGGUUACCGUUAAUUUGUCUAAUUAUUUUAGUUCUGAAACGUCUCUUCCUGUUGCACUACCGCUAAAAAAGUGUGACCACGGAACCAUCUUACAGGUGGCUAUUCAGUGCUUAAAUCCUCGAGCAAAUUUGAGAUCCAGAGACUCUAAUUCCGUUGCAGAAGAUGUUAAUUCAGAAUAUAGUGAUUUAGAUAACAUGUCAGAUGCACCUCACGGUACAAACAAUAAUAACGUUGGAUCUUCAUCAACCGAUAGCGUUGUGGAUGCAUCUCCUGCAAGAGCACUUGGCAGCAGGGCGACAAGUUCAUCGACAGUGAGAUCAUAUCAUAGUUUCGAUUCAAUGGAUGAUUCUUUUGGGAGGGAAAGUUCUCUUAGUAACCUAAGUGAAGUUACAGUUGAUCUAAUCGGAAGACCAGAGUCAACCGGUUUGGUCAACGUUUACGAUUCUCCUAAAUCAAAUCGCUCCGGAAAGAAUCUUCUAAAUCAACGACAAGAUUCUGGAAAAGUUUCACACAUUCCUGCAUCACCAUUACGAACCUUUCAUUCAUCAUCCGAAUUUGUUCUAGAAGCUGACGCGUCUACACCCGAAGAACUCCGCGCAGAAGCACGAUCAUGGGAAAGAAACGCUAGAAAAUUAAAAGUCGAUCUUGAUUUAUCAAGAAAUGAAACUAUCAAUCAAACAAAGCAUCUUGAAAAUGUGACGAUGGAGCUUUCGGCAUUACAAAAAGAAUGUAACGGGUUGAAAGACGAAAACAAACACCUGAAAAUUCUGUUAGGUGAAUCAGCGGUUAAAGAACGUGAUGCCGUUAAUCUAAAAAAUCAGGUUCAAGAUAAUAAGGAUAUCCAGGUAAAACUCGAAGAAGAAAUAAAAUUUCAGAAAAAUUUGAACGAUGAUUUGGCUUUACAGUUGAGCAAAACUCAAGAAUCGAAUCUCGAGCUUGUUUCGGUUCUUCAAGAACUAGAAGAAACGAUAGAAAAACAGAGAAUGGAGAUCGAGAGUCGUGAAUCGUCCGAACAACAACCGGCAGGUGACAGUUGGAACUCAGACGUCGAAUUACAGAAACAUCAGGAAUCGCAAAAACGAUUGGAAGAUAUGAUCUUGAAUCUCGAGAAGACUCUAGAAGAGAAAAGUCAAACUCUAGUGGAUAAUGAGUCAAAAUGGCGACAAGAAUUACACUUGAAAGACGAAGAAAUAAAUAGUUUAAAAGCAAAGUUAUCGGAAACUGUUGCCGUACCGGUUCUGAACGAAACCGAGUCACGGGAAACCGAGUCACGCACGAUAGAAACUCGGGAUCUCGAUGAAGAAGUCAAAGCGUUGAGGGAGAAGGUUCUAGAACUUGAGAGAGAUUGUAACGAGCUUACUGAUGAAAAUCUCGAUCUCCUUUAUAAGCUCAAAGAAUCAAAUAACGAUCUUUCAACCGAUGGCGGUUCUGUUACUUCUUCGGUUCGGUUGUCAGAUCUGAAACUAGUAAACGAUCGAUUGGAAGAAAGUUUGAAAGUUAUGCAGAAAGAAUUAGACGAUACAAAGGAUUCGCAUAUUUCGGGCACGAAGAUUCUCGAAAAGAAAAUACUGGAGUUAGAGACGCAUAAUCACGAAUUAGAGAUGCAGUUAGCGGAAUUGGAAGAAGAGAAUCUACAUUUAUCGGGGCGCAUAGCGGGACUAGAACCGCAAUUAAGAUAUUUAACCGAUGAUCGGGAAUCGAGUCGGUUAGAAGCGGAGCAUUCGGAAUCUCAAGUUUUGAAAUUACAAUCAGAAAUCGAAAAAUUGGAAAGUGAAUUAGAAAGUACGAAAGUUGAUAUGCGACAGAAAGUGCAGGACAUGCAGAAACGGUGGUUAGAAGCGCAAGAAGAAUGCGAGUAUUUACGAAAAGCGAAUCCGAAAUUAGAAUCGACUACCGAAAAUCUCAUGGAAGAAUGCAGUUUGCUUCAGAAAUCGAAUAGUGAAUUACGCCAGCAAAGAUUAGAGUUGAAUAAUCGGUGCACGAUUCUCGAAACGAAAUUAAAAGAAUCGCAAGAUAAUUUUAUGAAGUUGUCGAAGAGUUCGGAAGAUUUAGAAGAAAAGUUAUCGUCGAUGAUCGAUGGGAUUGAAUUGAAAGAGAAAACGUUCAAUUCAGAAAUUGAUGGUUUACGUCAGAAAUUUAAAGAACAUGCGGAGAAGUGUGUGACUGACGAGAACGUGUUGAAUAAGAUGUAUUCGGAUAAGGUUGUUGAGGUUGAAAACCUUAAACAAGAAGUAGAACACUUAAAUCGACAAAUGUCGGCGACUCAUGACGAACGGGAUAAAAUGGCUUCGGAAGCGGUACUCGAAAUGCAUGUUUUACGUGCGGAGAAGGAUAAAUUGGUAAAUUCGAUUGCGGAAGUUGAAGAAAAACUUAGAUUGUCUGAGAAGAAGGUUGAUACGAUCCAGGUUGAAUAUGAAAAAAAGAUUUUAGAUCUAACGGUUGAGAUCGAUUCUUCCAAACAGAACCAUGAAGAGCUAGUAACAAACCAUGAGAAAUUAAUGGAAUUGUUGGAGAAUACGAGGUCUAGCGAAGAAAAACUGAAAAACACCGUUGGUGAGCUUUCUGCUAACGUUAAAUCUUAUGAAUACAAAACCGUACAAGUUACCGAAGAGAAUUCAAGCCUUAAAGACCAGUUACAGAGACUUCCGGUAUUGCAAGAUGAAAUCGUGGCGCUUAAGAACUCGCUAAACGAUAUGAAAUUUGAAAAUGAAAGGUUGUCGGCUUCGUUGCAAAUGGUAUCCGACGAUUAUCAGCAGUUAAAAGAAGAAAACAUUUCGUUAGUUGAAAAAGUAUCUAGCAUGCAGAAGUCUAUGAUUGAAUUAGAGGAUCAUAAACGGAAUAAAAUUGUUUUGGAAGAAAAGAUUUUGAGGCUUCAAGGGGAUUUAACUGCUAGAGAAGCGUUAGGUGCACAGGAUGCUGAGUUGAAAAACGAAGUUGGGCGAUUAAAGCGGUCAAAUAGUCAACUACAGUGGAAAAUAAACCGUCUUCAAGAGGAAAAAGACGAAUACCUAAAGAAAACAGAGGCUCUUGAGGAGCAAAAGCAAGAUUUGAAACCGAAUGAACACGAGGCUAUAUCUAUAUCAACUGGAUCAGAUAGUACAGAGGAUGCGGAAGUUAAUAAGGUUGACUCGAAAGUCCAAUCAUUAGAAGUUGCACUUGCCGAGGCAUUGGAGGCUAACGAAAUGUAUAAACUACAGCUUAAGAGCUUCGUGUCUGAGGGACCUGCUCGCGAGUCAGACGUUAACGAAGAACAUAAGAAUGAGGUUUCAUCACUAGAGAGGGAGCUAAGCGAGCUUCAAGAACGGUAUCUCCAUAUGAGCCUUAAAUAUGCCGAAGUAGAAGCACAACGUGAAGAGCUUGUUUUAAAGCUAAAAGCGAUUGGUCCUGGACGGAGCUGGUUUUCAUAAAAUGCUCCUCAGAUAUUCAUGAAAACACAUUACUUAAAUAUGAGGAAGAAAACCAAGCUUAUGUUGUUAAAGUAUGGCAGUGAUGCAAUAUAUGAAAUUGGUAGUGUGUAUAAAAAAACCGGAGAGGUAGAUAAUUGUGAUUUUUUCUAAAAUUUAUCCUGUUGAGAAGUUUUCUAUCAUUUGUAACGCAUUGUUUGUGUUUGCAUUCAUCUUUUACCCUGUGCUCGAAUUUAUGGCAAGGAAUAUUGGAUUUUAAUAAUACCAA